GUUGACACAUUGCGUUGACCCCAUUGCGUGCUAAUCAUGAAGUGAAUCAUGCUGUUGAGGCAUCGUGAGAUUUCCCUCAAGAUAAUGCAAAGGAAACUUUGCAGGCGUGCAGACAAACGUUGAUCAAAGCGUGCGGUUACGCGGCCUGAAGAGUCUGUGUAUAAGAGGGUCGACUCGACGGCCCCCCAGGAGGAGGAGAGGUCACUUGUCUCGCUGGCAUCAUGCUCGCUCUGCACAAACUCCUGCUCCUUCACCUCCUGGCGUCUCUCGGACUCAUCGCCGAUGGGAGCAAAAUCAUCGACGGGGAGAUCGCCCCGGAGAACUCCAUGCCGUACAUGGUGUCGGUGCAGACCUGGUUAGGUCACAACUGUGGAGGGGUCCUGGUCCACGACGACUUCGUGCUCACUGCUGCGCACUGCGAAGAGCCACAGUUUCCCCUUAAAUGGGUUGUUGUUGGCACCAACAAUCUCAAGGAAAAUAAGGGACAAGUAAUUCAAAUUAAAAAGAAAUACAUGCACCCAUCCUAUGAAAAUGUUGAAUCGGGAAAUGACAUCAUGCUGCUCAAGCUGUCCUCCAAGGUGGACCUGGGCAACGAGGCGCAAACGAUUCCUCUCGCCACCGCGGAGGCAAACGUUGGACAGAGCUGCCGGGUGGCCGGGUGGGGACGCACGGAGAGCAAGAUGACCAGCGAAGACCUGAGGGUGGUGAACAUCUCCAUCAUCGACCCGGAAGCCUGUCGGCGGGUUUGGCCGAUUCCUCUUCCCAGUGACGUCAUCUGCGCAGGCGGUUAUGAAACCACCAAAGGAUUCUGUCAGGGAGAUUCUGGUGGCCCCCUGGUGUGCGGCGGCAAGGUCGUCGGUUUGGUGUCUUUCAACCACGAGAAAAUCUGCAAAUACCCGGAUCAACCCAACGUCUACACCGACGUGUUCAAGUACCUCGCCUGGAUCAAAGUGACCAUCAAACAUGAAACGCCGCGGGAUACGCAAGACGUUCUCUUCUCUGAAAAAUUACAGAAGGUGUGGAUUCGACCAGACACCAUGACAACCAUCGUGCUGCUGCUGCUGCUGCUCCUCGUCCUGAACGGGGCUGACGGCUCGCGCAUCGUCGGAGGCCGAGAUGCCGCCCCGGCGUCUCGCCCCUACAUGGCCUCGCUGCAGAUCCGAGGGCAGCACAACUGUGGGGGGGCCCUGGUGAGGGAGGACUUCGUGCUCACUGCAGCACAUUGCCAGAUACGCGGACAGUACACCGUUGUACUCGGAGGCGAUUCCCUGACCGCCGAUGAGGCUACGAAGCAGGAGUUCCGUGCAGUCAGGUCCUUUCCACAUCCCGGCUACAACGACAACGAGAACGAGAACGACAUCAUGCUCCUAAAGCUCAACGCCAGGGCCAGCCUGACCCAAGCGGUGCAGCUGAUCGGCCUGAAAAGCGGCAGGAUGAAGGCACCGGGCCAGUGCCUCACAGCCGGCUGGGGGGACAUAGCGGACAACGGCACCUUGGCGACGAGGCUGCAGGAAGUCAACGUGACCAUCCUGGCACAGAGGAGGUGCCAGAGGAGAUGGAGAGGCGUUCCCAUCGCCAGGACGAUGGUUUGUGGCAUCGGGGACGGCGGCAUUCAAGGCUUCUGCUCGGGGGAUUCGGGCGGACCGUUGGUGUGUGAAGGAGAAGCAGCGGGCGUCGUCUCCUUCUCUGGACGCCAAUGCGGAAACCCCAGGACCCCCGAUGUCUACACGCGCAUAUCGUCCUUCAGGGAAUGGAUCGCGGACGUGCUAAGAGAUAACUAAGCAGAUUAGAUUGAGCGGUUGAUUGGAAAUAUGGGGCUUUAUGUCUGUUUAACAAAUGCAGUUUUGUGGUGGAGGAAUCAAGGUGAUGGAUUGUGCUUUACUUUUCUUUUAAUGUAACACACAAACAUGGCAAUGAAAAAGCAAGGUGAAUUGGAAAGAUGGGAGAUGAAGUGACACCCCUAUGAAACCGUAUAUCUGCAUCUUUGGAGAAAAUUGUAUUUUAUGGACCAACUUCUGUUCAUGUUUGCAUUUUGAAGUUUUGCUUUACUUAUGUCACGGCUUUGUUGUGUGGUCCAGCCCAUGAGGCAGAUGAAUGAAUAAAAGCUUGAUGCGUGUGUGCAAAGAAAUGAAGUAACUUUCACUUUGUUACGUGAACAAAUGAAUUAAUCUAUGUAGAGUAAAUUAAAAAACUACUUUGGCUGCCAGCUGCGGGUUUGGGGGAUAGCGGUGCAUUCAAGUAAUACAGAGAAGGCCGUAUUUCAGGAAACUAAAAUCCAUCUAAAUGUAUUACCUUUACAGUGAUAUAUUUUCCAAGAUCAUCACCCAGUGCUGCCUUCUGCUGCCCUCAUUUCAAACUGCACUUGCAGGUUUAAUUUAAUUCAAGAA